UAACAAAUAGAACCGAGAAAGAAAAAACAGAAACAUAUUGCAUAACAUAAAAGUCUUGAGAAAUUGUGUUUGUUGGUCUUGUCCGAUGUUCAAUUCCGAAGAAGAGCAACCCCGUGCGAAGAAGAGGAAGGAAGAGACAGAACGGUCUCUGGAAUCGUGCUUGACAGAUGAUUUGGUUCUGAACUGCGUGGCUAGAGUCUCGAGAUCAGAUCUCGCGACCUUAUCUCUCGCCUCCAAGAGCUAUCGCUCUCUAGUAGCGUCGCCUGAUCUCUACAAGAUCCGAUCGCUGAUUGGUCGCACCGAAACACACAUCUACGUAUGCGUACGAACCCCAGGUCCCGACCCGACACUAGGCUGGUAUAUCCUCCGCCGUAGCGAAACCUCGUCUGGUCUGAUUCCAAUCCCUUCCUCCUCCUCCGCUCUCCCUCUGGAAGGAUCCUCAGUGGUGGUGCUGGAUUGGGGUAUUUUCGUAAUCGGUGGAUUUAUAAAGGGAGAAGAGCGCACUGGGAAUGUAUGGCUAUUGGAUUGUCGGACUCACACUUGGCGACUUGUCCCUUCCAUGGGAGUAGGUCGAGCCUACGGGGCAGCUGGCGUUGUAGACGGGAAGAUUUACGUGUUCGGAGGAUAUGAUGUCGUCGAUGAUCAUUGGGGACAAGUGUUCGAUCCAAAGACUCAAACUUGGGAUACUUUGCCGAUGCCGAAAGUGAAGAUCGUCAGCAAUAAGAACAUCCACGACAGUUUUGUGAGGGAUCAUAAGGUUUACGCGGUGGAUGGAAUGUAUAGAACCUAUUACUACUCGCCGAGGGAAGGUAAAUGGGGAAGUGGGAACCGUGGUGAACAGAAAGGAAGCCGAAGGGAUUGGUGUAUGGUUGAUAACUUGAUUUAUUGUCUCAGUAGAAACGGGACUGUGUUUUGGUGUGAGCCGGAUGAGUUGGAUUUGCUUCGUGGUGAGGAGAUGAUGAAUACAAAGGAGGUCAAGGGUUUAGGCUCCUCUCUGAAAACGAGUCUCUUGCUUUCAAGAGUUGUCCACGUUGGUGACCAGAUCCUACAUCGUUGGGAACAAACUAAGAUCAGGAAUGGACAUCCUCCAAAUAAGAAGAGCAAGCUUGGUAGAAUCCGAGAGUUGGAAGAUUUAAUUCCAGGUGCCAGACUGAUCAACUCUGGUGGUGGCAACAUUGUGCUCUUCUGGGAUCACUUGUCGAUGGAUAGUCUUGAGAUUUGGUGUGCGGAGAUUUCCUUGGAGAGACGCCAAGGCGAUGAGAUUUGGGGCAAAACUGAGUGGUCUAGUGUUGUCAUGACCUUUGAACCUUGGCCAAACCACUACAAGGAACAAAUACCAAUUGGCUCAGCAGAAGUUCGAGCUACUUUCAGCAGUGGAAGCGGUCGUGUGGCUGGAUGCAUGGUGAACGAAGGGAAGUUUGUCAAAGAUUGUGGUAUCAGGGUGAUCCGGAAGGGUAAGACUGUACAUGUCGGUGUCCUUGAUUCUCUUAAGCGAGUUAAAGAAAAUGUGAAAGAGGUGAGUGCUGGAUUAGAAUGUGGUAUCGGUAUGGAUGACUAAGACGACUGGAUGGAAGGAGACACCGUCUAGGCCUUUAAAACGUGGUUCAAAAGAGGAUUCGACCAGAUAAGAGUUAAAGCUAAAAAGACAAGAGCCUUGUUUAAGCUCGUUUCAGCAAAUCUUUUGCAGACGCCGUAAUCGACUUGAUGAGUUCUUCAUCGUCACCCUGCAACGCGGCCUCGAGCGUAACCCUAGCAUGGUCAAUGGCAACUUGAGCAUUCACAAGAUUCUGUAGUGUCAGAGCGGCUUCGUCCCUCGUGGAAAGCUCGUUUACUCCGAAUUCAAUGUCGACGACAUCACCACCGGCGGCUCCCGCGGCUCCAGGUACGGCUUGGACAUCAAUCAUGGCUACGCCUCCUCCAGCUGCGUUGUCGACGACGGCUACGCCUCCAGCACCGAUAAUGACUCCACCGCCUUCAACCUCAGGGUCUUCGUCGAGUUCUUGAACGAGAGCGUUCUACUCAGUGACCUCGUCGGCUUCUUCCGCAUGCUCCUCUUGAUUCGGCUCAGCAUCUGCAGCAGUAAAGAUCUGACAGUCAACCCCGAGUUGUCAGACUUCGACGCGUAGAGCGUUCAAGAACUCGACGAAGACCCAGAGGUUGAAGGCAGUGGAGCCAUUAUCGGUGCUGGAGGCGUAGCCGUCGUCGAGCAGCUGGAGGAGACGUAGCCAUGAUCGAUGUCCAAGCCGUACCUGGAGCCGCAGGAGCCGCCGGUGGUGAUGUCAUCGACAUUGAAUUCGGAGUAAACGGGCUUUCCACGAGGGACGAAGCCGCUCUGACACUACAGAAUCUUGUGAAUGCUCAAGUUGCCAUUGACCAUGUUAGGGUUACGCUCGAGGCCGCGUUGCAGGGUGAUGAUGAAGAACUCAUUAAGUCGAUUACGGCGUUUGCAAAAGAUUUGCUGAAAGAAGCUUAAAGAUAGAGAAAUCUUGCUUUCUCGGCAAGGUCUCGUUCAUCCAUGGUUGAUAGAAGAAGUCUCUCUCUGUACGUAGUAAUGGAUCUGUGUUAUUAUAUACUGGCGGUUAAGAAACUAUUGGUAUC